CGGAUACACUGCGAAACCUGUCACGCUCUGGCAGUCCCGUCAGGUACGCGUCCGCCGUGCGACUGUCGCCGACGUAACUCGGCCUCCAUGUGCAGGAUGAAUUGCCUAUGUUGGUCUACAUAUCGCGGGCUGCAUAUCGCCUUCGCUCGAGGAUUCUGCUUCGCGAUCCUCGAAGGCUACCUCCACUCUAUCUGCACGCCAAGCCGACUCUGUUUGUAACCGUACCCACGUCCGCAAGAUAGACAAUUUACAUCCGUAAGGGAAACGCUUUAGCUGUGCAAAGCCCUAUCUUAUUAUGCCCGGAUCGAACUUCGAAGCGCACGUCGACAACGUCAAUGUCCUUCCGCCGGUUCCAGCGCAUUCGUGUGCAGUACAUUCCAGAGCGCGAACAUGCCUCGCCUCCCGCAUUCUUUCCAAUGCGAACAGUGUCCCAAUCCAGCCACCGGCCGGCUCUGAUUGAAGGUCAUCCGCGUCGCACCUUGUAUGAAUUGACAUUGUUCGCCUCAGCGCUUCAAUUCCUCCUUCACCACCUCUCGGACCCUUCGGGCUCCUCAGGCUCGCAAGCACUCCUCCAUCCUCCUCGUGUCCUUGGAAACCACACACGACCCUGCAUCCCCACUCCAGCCACGAACACGCCUGGAAGAAAUUUACACCAGCGCAUUCGUCACAGCGGACGUCAUCUCCUCCCGGGCUCGGACGUUUUUCGCAGCAGGCACUCGCGCCCGUUCAGGCAAUGCAGGCGCCGGAGACCCCGGCGACCGCCCGCACUGCCCGGUGGCGAGCAACGGUACGGGACCGAGGAAGCACCGCAGCGGCGUUGGGAUCACGGACGGGCACACGCCUGGGCGGCCAGGCCGGAAGUGAUGGUGAUCACCGAUGAGUUUGAUCUCCGCCAGAUGAGAUCGCAUGGAUGGCGUCUGGACUUGCACCUCUCAGCGGGCUGCGCCUCGCCGCUCUGGACCACACUGCGAGUACGAGAUGCGUUGUGUACGAAAUUCGAACGACGGCAUUCGUCGAGGAUGUUCUGCUCUGGAAAACCCCGUCUGAGCCUUCCGGUGGUAGGAAUUUUCGCGUUUCGCAGCGGCGAGCUUGAGCUUGAGGAACUGCCACUCAGCUUGAAGUUGCAAUUGUUCCACUCAUCCUCCCCCGGGCCGCUUACGUCAGGGGCGCCGUAAUGAAAGAUCAGUAAUGCAAUGCAUUACAUACUGUGUUGGUCCGCCGGCGAAUGUUGCGUACGAAGAUGGAAAUGCAUGGCCCGACAGAGGGUGAUAGAACACCGCGAACCUCUAGGAUGGAACGCAUACAGAGUCCAUAAAGAGCGGGAAUUAAUGCGGCGCCGCAAGCGCGGCUUCUCGUACGCAGCUAGCUGCACGAGGUACUCCUCGCCCGCGCGGGCAUCUCGCCAGUCUUUUAUGAACGGUCGAAAGCCAAGCCGUGGUAUGUGCACGGCAGAACAGCCACGCGGACGCGCGACGCCUACGUGCGUACCCUAGUACCUGCCGUAUGCACAGCCUCGAGCAGAGGAACCCGGCUAGUAGUUAGC